AUGCAGCGGUACCUUUCAACGCAGUCUCUACAGCCUCGAGUGAUCUUUUCCGGCAUCCAGCCGACGGGGGUGCCGCACCUAGGCAACUAUGUUGGUGCACUACGGCAAUGGGUUCAGCGUCAACACGAAGAGCCAGAGUCUACUCGCCUGCUCUACUCGAUUGUUGACCUGCAUGCUAUCACGAUACCACAGAAGCCUGAUGUCUUGAGGAAGGCGAAGAGAGAGGCCUUGGCUUCGUUGCUAGCAAUUGGCAUUGAUCCAAGCAGGUGUACCUUAUUCUAUCAGUCAGACUCAAAGCUCAAGUUGACCCAGUCGUCGCAUUUGGGUGAUGGGCGCGUUGGAAACAAACUCAAGCUCGGCCUCUUCUCUUACCCUGUCUUACAGGCUGCCGAUAUUUUGGUUCACAGGGCAACCCAUGUUCCCGUGGGUCACGAUCAACAACAACACAUUGAGUUUGCACGCGAGUGUGUGACCAACUUCAACCAUGCAUAUGGACCUCAUCUCGUCUACCCUGAUAUCAUUAUAUCACCAGUACGGCGAGUGAUGUCACUCACGGAACCAUCGUCCAAGAUGUCGAAAUCUCACCCACUAGAGAGAUCUCGCAUCUUACUAACUGACAAUGCGGACACGAUUCAUGCCAAAGUAUCAUCCGCAUUAACAGAUUCUCUGCCGGGUAUUAGCUAUGAUGCUGAGAGUAGGCCAGGUAUUGCGAACCUGCUGGACAUUCUAUCGAUCUUCGACUCGGAGGGUAGGACUGCGACGCAACUAGCCGCAGAUUUCAUCAGCCCGCGGGAACUGAAGGCGACCGUUUCUGAGGCUGUUAUCAAAGGUAUGGAUGGCAUCGGACGACGCUACAAGAAGCUGCUGGAGGACCCGGAGUUCCUUGAUCAUGUUGCCGCUGAAGGCGGGAAGAAAGCACGCCAGAGUGCGGACGAAACCAUGCAUCUCGUCAGGGAAGCCAUAGGCAUAUAA